AAAUGGAAAGAGGAAUUCGCCUUCGCGGAGAGAGCACGUUUGGCGGUGUGUCUAAUAUGCAGUGAUAAAAUUUUAUCAAUAAAACGGUCAAAUACAAAGCGGCACUUUGACACACGUCAUGCUACAUUUGCAUCUACUGGUAAAUAUCCAGCAGAAGAAGGUAUAUGCCAAGAGUUACUCAAAGUGCAGCUCGCCAGCAGCAACUCUGUGCAUGGAGCCAACAAGCUGACUGGUCUUCUUUAUUAAUAUUGAGGAACGGAAAACCAUCCACAGAUAGCAAAUUUGGCAAAACAUUUACGCUUGAGGUGGCGAAUGAACUUUUUGACGACUUUUCGGAUAAAGACAAGAUAAUCAAACGAAUAAAAGACAUGCGUUUGUCAGCAAGAACUGUUCACGAUCGCACCAUCAUGAUGGCAAAUCAAGUGGAGGAAACACAAGUGAAGCACAUAACUGCAGCGGUAAACUUUUCCCCCGCUUUCGAUGAGUCGGCAGACGUAAACCAUGCAGCACCAUAAGUCACAUUAAUGGUAAGAAGUAUUUUAUUUAUUGAUUACCUUCAGUAUAACAACAUUAUUGAAAAUAAUAAAUACUAUAAAAAAUGCUAAACUAAUAAAUACUAUAUUGUAAAAUUGUUGGUCUUGCCUAAAAAAAAUGCACGCAUUUAUUUAAAUGCAAAUAAUAUGCAAAUUAACUGAUGCGUCAUCGAGCGACUUCUAGGGCAGCAAAUACCUACUUUUCUUACUGAGGAGUUGGCAACACUGCAGAGAACAGGAGCAGGCUAGUGAAAGCAUUUUUUAAAAAAAUCAAAACUACCGAAUGUGUCAACCUUUUUCACAGUCACAACAAACGGAGACACUUGUAAAGUCAAUAAAGUUGCAUUGUAUCCAAAUGUAAACAAAGCCUGUAAUUUCAGAGCCGCACUUUCGUCACAGACGUAACGCACUCAAAAUACAGUACACAGUUAAGCGUGCAGUAGUAGAAUAUUUGUCAUGUUAAGUUACGUAGAAACAUAGCUAAAUGAUGUGAAAAUAGUACUUGAAUCAUUUGUGAACCAGCAUUUAAUAGACAUAUUCUAACGCGGCAUAAAAUGACUAAAGUGCGAGGGCGAAUGGGCAAAUACAUAAACAGUGCAGACGCUGAUUAUGCUUGACAGACAAGGCACGGAGGAGGAAACGUUUUAACACGUUUAUAAAACAUUUAGCAAAAUGUGCCGUAGAUGAGGCUUUUGUUCCAUAGAAAAGGUUUACACUAUGCGGAAAUGUUCGUUCCGAGCUAGCUCGAAAUUAGUAGAAAGCAUGACUCCGCAAGAAGAGCUGCUACUAACAAGGUAGCAUCAUGGAGGCUACUUCAGAGGAAGAAGCAUCCUGCCAAAACUCAUCUCCAUCUCACAUUGAUCACACCACAGCUAUGAUGGUGUUCACUGAAGGGCACAAUGGCAUGAAUGAGCAGGAGGACAAUAAAGAGGAAGAAGCUGCACCUUUAACAGAAGACACAAGAGCUGAUUUAAAACUCUUCAACAGAGAGAAACCGUUGUUUUCCGGCGGUGCCGAACAUUCCGGGUCAUGCUUUCCCUUAAAACUAUGUGAUCUUGGUGAAGACAGUGUCCCCUACACCAUCAACAGAUACCUGAGGGAUUACCAAAGAGAAGGAAUAAGGUUCAUUUACAGUAAUUAUAUCCGUUCAAGAGGCUGUAUCCUAGGAGAUGACAUGGGUCUUGGAAAGACUGUACAGGUCAUUGGUUUCCUUGGAGCAGUGUUGCACAAAAAGGGAACUUGGGAGGACAUUGAGAACAACAAGCCUCACUUUCUCCAGACUCAAACUCCAUCCAAGCAGAUGAGGCCAAAUAAAGUUUUCCUGAUUGUGGCCCCGCUGUCAGUGCUGUAUAACUGGAAAGAUGAACUAGACACCUGGGGCCACUUCCAGUACGUGGUGGUCCACGGGCUGAGGAAACAGGAGGAGCUGGCUCGCAUUAAGAAGGGCCGCGUUGAGAUCGCUCUCACCACCUAUGAGACACUUCGCCUGUGUAUGGAUCAAGUUAAUGACAUUGACUGGUCUGCUGUGUUUGUAGACGAAGCUCACAAGAUAAAAAAUCCAAAUUCUCAAAUCACUCAAGCCAUGAAGGGUCUGAAAUGUCAGGUCAGAAUUGGCCUCACUGGUACCAUCCUUCAGAACAACCUCGAGGAGCUGUGGUGUGUCAUGGACUGCAGUGCCCCUGUACUUUUGUUCAACAUGCAAAGGGCGGUCCCCGGUUGUCUUGGCAGCUUAGGGCAUUUUAAGAACAAGAUGUCAGAUCCGAUUGAGCAAGGCCAGAGACACAGUGCAACAAAACGUGCCUUAGCGACAGCCAGGAAGACCAUCAGUGACCUGGUCAGGAAGAUUGCCCACUUUUUCCUCAGAAGGACCAAAGCUCUGAUCAGUGACCAACUGCCCAAGAAGGAUGACAGGGUGGUGUACUGCUCCCUGACGGACUUUCAGCGGACGGUGUAUCAAACUGUACUGGACACUGAAGAUGUGAAAUUACUGCUGAGGUCGUCAGAGAAGUGUGACUGUCAAAGUGGAUACACUCGAAGGAGAUGCUGCUAUAAGACUAAUUUGGAGGGUGUGCCAACAAAAGGGCUGUACUUUUCCUACCUGACCAUAUUGAGGAAGGUUGCCAGUCAUGUUGCACUGCUCCAGUCCACUGCAGGAACAAGCAAGAAGCAGGAAAAGUACGUGAGCGCCAUUUGUCAAAAGGUGUUCCAGAAGUUUCCAGACUUUGUGCGGCGGUGCAAAGAUGAAGCGUUUGCAGCCCUGUCCGACCCGACGUAUAGUGGCAAAAUGAAGGUUUUGCAGAAACUUCUCAAAUAUUAUCUGCAAAGGAAAGACAAGGUGCUUCUUUUUUCACUCUCGACCAAGCUGCUGGAUGUUCUGGAGAGCUACUGCAUGGCCGAGGGGCUCGACUACAGCAGGCUAGAUGGGACCACCAAAUCCAAGGAGCGAGUCCACAUUGUCAAAGACUUCAACAGUUCCCCUCACGUCAACCUCUGCCUGGUGUCCACAAUGGCAGGUGGUCUUGGUCUUAACUUUGUUGGGGCCAAUGUUGUGAUAUUAUUUGACCCAACAUGGAACCCAGCCAAUGAUCUCCAGGCUAUUGACAGAGCUUACCGCAUUGGCCAGUGCAGAGACGUGACCGUCCUCAGACUCAUCUCACUGGGGACUGUGGAGGAAAUUACCUACCUCAGACAAAUCUACAAACAGCAAUUGCAGAGUUCUGUCGUCGGUAUGGAGAGUGCACGGCGCUACUUUGAAGCUGUGCAAGGCCACGACAUCCAUAAGGGUGAGCUGUUUGGGAUCAAUAACCUCUUCAGGCUGCAGACCCAAGGGACAUGCCUCACUCGCAAGAUACUAGAGAGAACAGGACAAGUGGAGGCGGGCGUCAUGACAACCAGCACACACACAACCGUGGAGAUGGAGGAUAUGCAAAGAGUUAGCGACUCUGGAGAUGUAUCUAUGGAGAGCAUGGAUGCGUCCAGGAUUCCCAGAGGGGCGCUAGACUUCAGUAGCGGGAGUGAUGAGGAAGAGGAGGAGUGGGGAGGUCCCAGCAGAAAGGAUGACACAUGGAGCAGGGAACCCUCUGCUGGCCCUGGUCCAACCAGUCUCCUCCAGCACGGUUUCUCCAAACUGCUUCAAAGGAUCAAAGCAGUGCCGGAGUCAGGCGAAGGGGACAGUAGUUCAGGUGGUGAGGAGAAUGACAGUUCAGACUCCAGCAUUGAUUGUAACUCCAAUAUCGAGAAUAAAGGAUGUCUCCCUACAGUAAAAUCAUGUAAGACAAAUUUAGAAGCAAGCGAAAGACGCUCCUCAUUAGUCGAAAAGAAAGACAAAAUGCCUGCCAUUCCCAAAUCACACCACUUUGAUGAGUAUUCCGAUGAGUCAGAUGAUUUGGACAUGGAGACGAUCACAAAGUCCGAGAAGGAUACUAUGGACAGAGGAGGAGACAACAGGAAGAGACAUACCAGUAUGAGGGACAAGACCAGAGGGACAGGUUUCAGUGAGGACAUUGAGACCUUCACUUCUUCAGAGGAUGAGCACACCGGAGGACGUCACACCAAAACUACACCUCCAGAUAAAGCCAAAGCGACGCCCUCAAUGUGUGGACAAAUUGGAAGAAGCACAGAGAGACAAGUGGCCGUGUCGAAUGGUGUCCUGUUCACUAAUCUGAAAAGUCAAACAUCUCCCGCAUCUAAAGGAACGAUUGACACUGUCUUGGGUGGGGUUCAGGAGGUGGCGUAUGCCCACUCUAACCAGCGUGUGGUGGGCGGGAGCAAAGCUGAGGAUCUGAUCACCAGAGCCGCCUUGAGAGAUGUGUUUGAACGCCAGAUGUACUCUCAACUCCCUGCAAAUGAAUUUCUCACCCCAUGCGAGGAAAUGUUGCCGCCUAGCCCAGCAGACCGCCAGCCCCGCCUCGCUCCACCACAGCAGCUUCCUGAGCCACGCCCUGUUACCUUCACCAAGAAGAACAUACAGCACACCAGUCAUACCACCGUCAUACUGGGGGAGACUCCUUUGGCUGUGCGCAGGCAACAGCUGCAGGAGAUGGCGUCCAAGUUCAGUUUUCCCUCAGCCCAUCAGUUUGCUGCCGAGAUUCUCACCAGCGACUCACCGCAGAGAAUAGCGUGGCUCCGACGCUAUUACACCGACAUGAGCCACCCUGAAGUCGACAGUUUCAUCACCAGCGACUUCCUGCCUGCUGACAUAACUCCAUCUACAUCAGUGGGGCAUCAUCCACUUCCCAAAAACUGUGCGACCAGAGCUUUGCAAAAGGUUGCAAGGUCUACAUCUAAUCAGACGUGUUCGGAGCCUGAGAAGAAGAAGAGGAGGAAAUCUCAGAAGAAUGUGCAGGAGCCUCCAAGUGAUGUUCCAACUGUUGAUACUGAGCAGCAGGUGGAGGCGGUGUGCAAAUCAAGAGGUCAUAAGAGGACAAAGAAGACUAGUGUGUCUGCUUGUGGAGCAUUCAGAGCUGUUGGUGGUCUUGGUGGGGAUCAGGACAGCAGCAGCGGUAGUCUCGAAUCUCUGGAGUCUGCUUCAAAAACAAUUGAUCGUGCUGAAGAGCAGACAGAGCACUCCCAAGAACGCACCUCUUGUCGCAGGUCCAUCCUCACAGAACUCCUAGGAGACACCUCCAUUCUUGAUGAUUUGUUGAAACCCAAAUCCAGAAGCACACAGCACAGAGGUUCCCCCCCAAAACCAUCACCCUCCUUGUCGUCCACAGGCCUGGCUGCUUCACCUCCACCCAGACAUACCAUUAACCCGCAUUCACAUGACUCGCUCUCGUCUCAGCAGUCACGAGGCAGCCGCAAAGACUUCUGGGACAUUCUGAAUGAGGGCAACGAAGAGAGCAUCAACAGGCUCACAGACCUGGAGGAGGUUCAGAGGGUUUGCGUCAGUACGACUAUUGCAGCCAGAGCUCAUUCUGUGGAGGAGAGCAAAAGUCUGUGGAAGACCAAUGACAAGUUUUUAUGGAAGAGAUGAUUGUUUAUGGGUUUUAGAUUUUUACUACAAAGUUACAUGUUUAUUAAUUUUCUAAUCAAGCUAUUGAUGGUGGUGUAGUCAUUUCCUUCCUACUAUCAAUUUUAAAACAUUUGCUAAUUUAUGUUUAUAUAACGGGCCGCACGGUGGUCGAGUGGUUAGCAUGUUGGCCACACAGUCGAGAGAUCGGAAAGAUUUGGGGUUGAAUCUCUGUUUGGGCAUCUCUGUGAAGUUUGCAUGUUCUCCCCGUGCAUGAGUGGCUUUUCUCCGGGUGCUGCGGAUUCCUCCCACAUUACAAAAACAUGCAUGUUAGGUUCAUUGUCCAUAGGUAUGAAUGUGAGUAUGAUUGGUUGGUUGUUUGCCCUGCGAUUGGCUAGCUGGCUGGCUGGCGACCAGUCCAGCGUGUACUGUGCCUCUCGCCCAUAAGUCAGCUGGGAUAGGCUCCACCAUACCCCCAUGACCCUAGUGAGGACAAGCUGCGUAGAAGAUGGAUGGAUGUUUACAUAACAUAUUUUGAAGGAUUUAGAUCGGAAUAAAAAUAAAUUGUAAACUCAUCCCUUGUUUUUUUGGAGGGGGGUUUAACCCGGCAUUGUCACUGUUGUAUGAUAUCAUAAUCCCCUUUCAUUUGGCCUGUUGAAGCCAGAAUUUAUCCACCUUUUUCUAUGCACAUUUUAUGUGCCAUUUUACGAAUAUCUCUUAUAAUGUAUGAGUAACCUUUUUGUUACUGUAACUUUUCCACAUAUGACUUUCUUCAGACUUUUAUUUGCCUUAAAAUUAAGAGUGAUAGUGCCACCUGCUGCCUUGGCAUGCACUUGAUCGCUUGUAAACGUGUUUUAAUGUGGCUUUUUUUACAUUUCUGAUAUUUUAUAUUUCGUCGUUUCAUUAAAAAGCAGAAUGUUUUUUUUUUCGUCGGUGGCCAUUAAAAAGCAGAAUGUUUUUUUUUUUUCUAUUUUACUUCAAAUCUGACUACAUCCAGAAGUGUUGUGACUUUCUUUUAUCCACAAACAUUAAACAAAGUUAAAUGAUGUUUUUCAUUGGACAAUGCUGUUAUUCAGGUGUAACUCUACUAUCAGUUAACACAGCUCCCUUUUUGCCUUGCUGUUUUUCUACCUUUGUAAGAUAUGACUUUCUUCUGAAUUCUGAUUGGCUAAAACAGACAUCCAAUUAGGGGUUACAGUGCCACCUAUUGUUUUUUGAUAUACCCUUGUCAGCCUUGGAAUAUGUUUUCAUGUACCCUCAAUUAUUAUUUUAUGCCA